AUGCCUUCGACUACCGCUACCUUCGACCUUCCCUCUCGUCGCAAGAGCUCCGUCCACGAGAUUCCCGCAUCUUCCACGUCACAUCCAGACAAUCCAAUUCCUGAAGAGCCUCGAGGUGUGCGCACUUUGUCCGUGACAGACACAAGUUUCGACGGAUCACCUACCUCCAGAGACAGUGACUCGGCUGACUCCGAUGCCUCUGACUCUCCGAUCACCCCACCCAGUGAAAUUCAUGAUGGGGCGGAGUACCAAUCCAAGUCGGACCGCCUUCCUCGUCGAGCUUCGACCGUCUUGAUUUCUCAGAAUACAGAUGAUAUGCGUCGUGUCUUGGAAAGCGUUGGAACCGGUGGCACGCAGAAGAUUCAGUCUCCUUGUUGCGGUGGGGGCUGUUGUCGGGGCCGGUCAUUGCAAACAUUAGACGGUCCUGUGUCGGGCUUCAACUCGAUAUCUGCGCCUGACAACGCCGCAUUCGCUAGUUUGCAGCUCAAACUGGACCUGUUGACUAUGGACAGCCAAUUGAGUCAGAUCGCUCCCUUGCCUGAAAAGACUGUCUCAUUCAAGCCUGCCCCUUCAUACGCAGCCGCCAUUCAGCUUGGCCCUGCGGAUCACCCCCCGCAAUUCGUGCAGCCGCAUCCUCCAUAUGAAGUGUAUCGGGCUCCGCUUCGUCACGCUCGCGAGUUGACCAAGGACGGCGCGGAGAAGCGCACGUAUCAUUUCGAUAUUGACGUCACUGACUAUCCUGCCGAGAGUGGCAUGGUCGAUUUUGUGGUCGGUGGCGCAAUUGGUGUCUGCCCGAAGAAUAAGGACGAAGAUGUCGAGGACAUUUUCAAUCUCUUAGGGGUUCCUCGCUCGAUGAGAGAUCGAAAGGUGUGUAUGACCACUACAGGCGGUCGUUGGCCUACCAUCUGGGGGGAUGAGAAAGCGCGCGAGCUUAUCACCUCUCGGCGUGAAGUUCUGAGCUGGUGCUCCGACAUUCAGAGCUACGCGCCCACUAAGGCCCUCUUCCGUCUGCUGGCGGAGUACACCGCAGAGCCUAACGAGAGAAAGAUUCUGGAGUUCCUUUCGUCAGCUGAGGGCCAAGGCGCGUUUUGUGAUCUCCGUGUCAGUUCUCAUGUCAGCCUUUCACAGCUUCUUCACGCUUUUCCCUCCGCACGGCCUCCGCUGGACCACCUGCUCUCGGUCUUGAACACGCUUAUGCCUCGAUUCUAUUCACUGUCCCAGGACCCCUUGAUCUCGUGUCAAUUCAAAGGUAAUGAAUGUCGACGUUUGGUCGAGGUCGCAGUCACCGUUGCCGAAUCUCCAGACUGGCGAGGUGGGCUGCGAACGGGUGUGAGCUCAGGCUAUCUCGAGCGGCUCGCACGACAGGUAAUUCAUGCCGAGGCCAAGGGUGAGAAGCAUAACCUUCAUGUUCCCAUGUUUCGGGGUUUGAUGGCAAAUCCUCUGGCCAAACGCUUUGCCUCUGACGGCCCUAUGCUGCUCAUUGGGGCGGGCGUGGGGGUGGCCCCCUUCCGAGGGUUUGUUCAGCGUCGAUUGCAAUCAGCCAAUUGCGCCAACAAAGUUUGGGUGCUCCAAGGUGUGCGUGACUCUUUAUUAGAUGAGUUAUACAGUGGCGAAUGGGGUGUCGACGAGGACAAAGUUCGAACAGUCGUCCAAAGUCGCCGUGGAGAAAGUCGUUAUGUUCAGGAAGAGGUACGCCAUCAAGCGGAUCUUGUCUGGUAUGUGAUCAACGCGCUUGACGGACGUGUGUUCGUGUGUGGGAGUGGAAAGGGCAUGGGUGAAGGUGUAGAGGCUGCACUUGUUGAUGUCGCCAUGGCCAAGGGCAACUUGAACGUGAAGGAGGCAGACCAGUUCUGGCAGCGGAAGAAGGAGGCCGGACAAUACAUUGCGGAAACCUGGUGA